AUGGAGGCGCCAACAUCUUCCGUCACUGUUACGUUCCCUCAAUUUCUUCGUCGCCGCAACCCCAUUCCCGAUGUUCCCGAGGACGUUGACUAUGUCAUGCAACACUUAAACGAUCCAAACUGGGAUCUGGACCGAGCUUCUCCAAGAGCAAGCAUAGACUCUCUCGAGCUUGAUGAUAAAAGCGGUGUCAUCACAUCGAGCCGUCUUUCGAUUCGCAGUUCCAACGGCGACUCCGACUCGCAAGUCGAUUCGAGUUAUAGGACUAGCUCGGGGAAAGGGUUUGACGUCGAAGAAUAUGAUGAUGAGUCCCCUUACGCGGAAGUUCGAGCUGCGGUGGCCAACACGGACGAUCCGUCUAUGCCCGUAAAUACUUUCAGAACUUGGUUCAUAGGUAUUGUGCUAGCCAUGGUACUUGCCAUAUUCAAUCAUUUCUUUGGUACACGUUAUCCUUCUGUUGCAAUCAGUGCCCUAGUGAUGCAACUGGUUGCCCUCCCUUGCGGCAAGGCAUUUGAGUAUCUUCUUCCGACCACUCGCUUUACCACUUUUGGCUACACUUGGUCCCUUAACCCUGGGCCGUUCAACAUCAAGGAGCACACGCUUAUCACUGUUAUGUCUAACAGUAUCUACGGCGAUGUCUACGUGUCGUCGGUAUUUGUAACGCAGCAGGCUUUCUACCAUCAGGCUCUCUCAAUUGGCUAUCAACUCACUCUCUCACUGUCGACCCAACUUAUUGGUUACUCCUUUGUUGGAUUCCUUCGUAACUUCCUCGUCUGGCCCUCCAGUAUGAUUUGGCCGGGCUCACUUGUGUCCUGCGCGCUGCUCCGCACACUUCACAAAAGUUACGGCAAAAAGGAGGGACGCCAUAUGUCGCGAGAGAGGUUCUUCCUCUAUGUCAUGAUUGCUGCCACCGUGUGGUAUUUUUUCCCGGGAUUCGUCUUCACAGCGCUCAGCAUGUUCAACUGGGUGUGUUGGAUCGCUCCCGAAAAUCCGACAGUCAAUGCUCUGUUCGGAUACGCCAGUGGGCUGGGAAUGGGCUUCUUGACCUUCGAUUGGGCGAUGAUUUCCUUCAUGGGAAGCCCAUUAGUUACUCCUUGGUGGGCUGAACUGAACAUUUGGGUCGGAUUCGUGAUUUGCUAUUGGGUGAUCGCCCCCAUUAUGUACUUCAAGAAUGCGCUUUACGCGAAAUAUAUGCCCAUAUCAGCUGGUGUAUCCUACGACAAUACUGGCAUGACGUAUGUCGUUGAUGCGAUUCUGACGAAUGGGGUCUUCGACCUCGAGAAGUAUAAGGCGUAUUCGCCCUUGUACAUGCCGACAACUCUGUCACUUGCAUAUGGUGUUCAGUUCGCAGCGUUUACCGCUGUAAUUGUGCAUGUUCUUCUAUGGUAUAGGCGUGACAUCUUCCGGCAGUUUAAUCGAUCCUUGGGGGAUGAGCGUGAUGUGCACGCACGCCUAAUGUCGGUAUACCCCGAAGUGCCUUGGUAUUGGUAUGCCACAGUGGGGGUAGUAGCCCUAGUCUUGGGAGCUGUUGGGAUCGAAGUCUACGAUACCGGCAUGCCCCUUUUCGGCUUGCUUGUCGCGCUCAUCGUCGCCGCCGUGUUUGUGAUCCCCAUCGGCAUCAUUCGCGCUGUCACCAACCAGAUGAUCCCCCUCAACGUCCUCAGCGAGCUCAUCGGUGGCUAUAUCAUUCCUGGGCGGCCCAUCGCUGUCAUGCUGUUCAAGACGUAUGGCUUCAACUCGGUCAAUCAAGCGCUUAGCUUUACGGCUGAUCAGAAGAUUGGUCACUACAUGAAGAUCCCUCCCCGUUCCAUGUUUAUGGCGCAGGUCAUUCCUACCAUCAUGUCUGCGAUGGCAUGUAUUGGUGUGCAGUACUGGCAAUUUGCACACAUCGAGGAUCUCUGCUCGCCUACGCAGAAGGAUGGCUAUGUUUGUCCUGGAUUCAGCACUUUCGCAACCGCUUCCGUCAUCUGGGGCGGCAUUGGACCCAAGCGUAUAUUCUCGGCUGGCGCACUGUACCACCCUAUGCUUUACUUCCUCAUCGUCGGUGCUGUCCUUCCCAUCCCCUUCUACUUCCUCGCCUACCGCUACCCGCACUCUUUCUGGCGGUACGUCAAUAUUCCCGUUAUCUUCGCCGGACUAGGCGUGAUGCCCCCUGCAACCGGUGUCAACUUCUCCGCGUGGAUCACCGUCGGGUGUUUCUUCAUGUGGUUUAUGCGCCGCUACCAUUUCUUCUGGUGGAUGCGAUAUAACUACAUCCUCUCCGCGGCACUCGAUGCGGGCCUCGCACUGGGGCUCAUCCUUAUCUUCUUCUGCCUGCAGCUGCCGAAGAACGGCAUCACGCUUAACUGGUGGGGAAACACCGUGUGGACGAAGACGUUUGACGCCCUGGGCAUGCCCUUCUACAGUCUCCCGCCGAAUGCGACAUUCGGGCCGCAGACUUGGGUGUGA